AUGGAUAUAACGAACAACAGUAGUAGUACUCCUUCAACAAUACAAAGUGAAUGUUUCUUAACUGACGAAGAAAUCAAGAAAUCGUACAAUUUAACACUUCAUAUCAUAUCUAUAUUUGUAUUGUUAAUUGUAUCAUUUGCUGGUGCAUCUAUUUCGGUUGCAUCAACACGAGUUAAAUUUUUACAUAUUAAUCCAAUUAUUAUCAAUAUAGGAAAGUUUUUUGGUAGUGGAGUUGUAUUAGCAACAGGUUUUAUUCAUAUUUUACCCGAUGCUAUGGAAACAUUAAGUGAUCCGUGUUUACCUGAUUCUUGGAAUGUAUACGGUGCUUAUGCUGGUCUUUUUGCUAUGUUAGCUGUUCUUGCUAUGCAAUUAAUUGAAUUCUUAGCACAUCAACGAUUUCGUUCAACGAAACAUGGACAUGCUCAUAUAACAAUAAAAAAUGUUGCACAUGAAUCAACGAACCAAGAAAGUGUAGAUAAUCAAGAAGUCAAAUCUACAGAGAUGGAACAAACUACUAAUGACACUGUUGAACCUGCAUGUAUGGAACAUGUGCAUAGUAAGAUUAAAAAGCCUCGAAAGCAAAUUCAUGAACAUGAUAAAGUUUCCGACAUUGAAAAUACAAAACAAACCGAUAAUAAAAUAGAAGAGCCUGAAAAAGUAGAACAUGUUGAAUACAUUGGAAAAUCUAAAAAGAAAGCAAAAACACAUGAUCAUAACGACGAGUCUACAAACAUGAAAAAGGUUCCUAGCAAGAAUGAAGUAUCAGAAAAUAACAAUCCAAAUGGUUCUAUAAUAAUUGAAAUACCAUCCAUCGAAGCGAACUUUUCAUCGACUGAACAUUGUGAAACAGCAGGACAUUGUCAUGGUGCACUUUUUCAAGAUGAAGGAGAACGCAAUAAAAUAGGUGCUUAUUUACUUGAAUUUGGUAUAACUCUUCAUUCAGUUCUUAUUGGUUUAACAUUGGGUACCACAAGUGAAUCAUUCGUUCCUCUAUUUAUUGCACUUUGUUUUCAUCAAUUUUUUGAAGCAAUUGCCCUUGGUGCACAAAUUGCUCGUUCAAAAAGAAUUUCCAUUAAAUCAGCUAUUGCUAUGGUUGUUUUUUUUGCAUUUACAACACCUGUUGGUAUUGCUAUUGGCAUUGGAAUUCAUUCGGGUACAUACAAUCCAAAAUCAGUUUCUUCAUUACUUGCUACUGGUAUCUUAGAUUCCUUAGCAGCUGGUGUUCUUAUUUAUGUAGCUCUCGUUAAUUUAAUUACGACUGAAAUGGGUGUUCAUGCACUUGAAUUUCAUGCAUUGAGUAAUCGAUUGAAAUUAUUAUAUUUUGCAGCAUUGUAUCUAGGUGUCACAGCCAUGGCUAUUAUUGGCCGAUGGGCUUAA